AUGCUGGCCAGGAAGGAAUCCUUCACCAGUGCCAUCAUCGGGGUGCUGGUGGCACUCUCCAUCAUCGCCCUGGUUCUCAGCCUGGUGAGGGUUGAAGAUGUGAUGCUGCCUCCCACGGUCAAGUAUGGGAUGGUGUUUGAUGCAGGCUCAUCCCACACCUCUCUGUUCCUGUACCAGUGGGAUUCGGACAAGGAGAACGACACUGGAGUGGUCAGCCAGACCCUGUCCUGUGAUGUGCAGGGGCAAGGCAUAUCAAGCUAUGCCAACAAUCCCCCUGAAGCUGGCAAUUCCCUAAGGGAGUGCUUGGAUAAAGCCCUGCAGGUUAUUCCUGCUGAGAAGCAGAGGGAUGUCCCAGCUUACCUUGGAGCAACUGCUGGCAUGAGGCUGCUGAGGGAACAGAACAGCUCAGCAGCAGAGCAGGUCCUGGCUGAGGUUGCUAAAACCAUGCAGGGGUACCCCGUGGCUUUCAGAGGGGCUCGGAUCCUCACAGGAGAGGAGGAGGGGGCCUAUGGCUGGAUCACCAUCAACUACCUGCUGGACUCCUUCACCAAGUACUCUCCGAAAGCACACACCUGGCUUCGUCCGGAGGCAGCCGACAUUUUUGGGGCGCUGGAUCUUGGAGGAGCAUCCACCCAAAUCACCUUCGUGCCUGAAGGUUCAGCCCUGAGCCAGAAUGAAGGCUCUGAGCUGACCCUGUAUGGGUACAGGUACAGGAUCUAUGCUCACAGCUACCUGUGCUACGGGCAGGACGAGAUGCUGAAGCGGCUGGCCCAGGAAUUGAUUGUGGAGUCGUUCCCCAGCACCCGGGUCCUGCACCCCUGCUACCCCAGGGGCUACGAGGAGCCGGUGUCGCUGUCGUGGCUCCGCGUCAGCCCCUGCACGGGCAGCGACCCGCGCCUGGCCCCGGGGGACAGCGCGGUCACCCUGGAGGGCAGCGGCAAUGCCAGCGCCUGCCGGGCAGCGCUCAGGAGCCUCCUCAACCUCCCGGCGUGCGGCCACAGCCAGGACUGCGCCUUGGACGGUGUCCCCCGGCCCCCGCUCCGGGGACGCUUCAUCGCCUUCUCUGCCUUCUACUACAACUUCAAGUUCCUGAACCUGACAGAGGGGCAGCCGCUGGCCGCGGUCAGAGAGGCCAUCGAGGGGCUCUGCAGCCGGAGCUGGCAGGAUCUCUCUUCCAGCUACCCCACAGAGAACCCCAAGUGGCUGCCCAGGUACUGUGCCAACGCCAACUACAUCCUCACCCUCCUGCUCGACGCCUACAAGUUCAACGAGAGCAGCUGGAGCAACAUCUGCUUCCAGAUGAAGGCCGGGGGUGCUGACGUGGGCUGGACGCUGGGGUACAUGCUGAACCUCACCAACAUGGUCCCGGCCGAGGCUCCAGCCAGGCUGAAGGGCCACAGCUCGUCUCUGUGGGCUGCAGCCAUCGCCUUCAUCAUCCUCACCCUCAUCCUGGGGCUCGCUGCCCUGCUCCUGCAGCUGUGGGUGUAG